GAGUGAGAGAGGGCGAAGCGAGAGGGGUGCGGGAACCGUGAGCUAGCUAGGCAGCCGCGGCGCGGCCGGGGAGCCCGCGGUGUACGUGGUGGGGUGGGGGCGGGUGGGGUGAUUGGGUUGGGGGGGUGGUGCGGAAGAAGGGCAAGGAGGGGCGGGGCGGCCGCGCCACUGUCUUGACUGCAGACUCCGGGGAGCUCCCGCUUCGGCGGCUGGGGGUGGGACCCGGAGCCCCGGGGAAGGAGGGUGGUUCACUUCUCGCCCUGUCUGAGUUCCUCACGUGCCCGUGUCGCACGCGGGAGGAGGGGGCCAGGCGCGCGAGGCCUGCGGGGGUGGGGCGCGGCAGGCGGCGAGCCCGCGGACCGGCACCAUGGGCUGCUUCUUCUCCAAGAAGCGGAAGACCGAGAAGGAGCAGCAGCAGUCCCCGCCGGCGUCCGGGGAAGCCGGGGAGCAGCAGCCGCAGAAGCAGUACAGCUGGGACAAGCGGGAAAAGGUUGAUCCAAAAGACUAUAUGUUUAAUGGCUUGAAGGAUGAAACAGUAGGUCGCUUACCUGGGAAAGUUGCAGGACAGCAGUUUGUCAUUCAAGAUUGUGAGAACUGCAACAUCUACAUCUUUGAUCACUCUGCUACAAUCACUAUUGACGACUGUACAAACUGCAGAAUCUUUCUGGGACCUGUAAAGGGCAGUGUAUUUUUCCGGAAUUGCAGAGAUUGCAAGUGCAUAGUAGCCUGCCAGCAGUUUCGCACUCGGGAUUGUAGAAAGCUAGAAGUCUUCUUGUGUUGUGCCACACAACCCAUUAUUGAGUCCUCGGCAAAUAUCAAGUUUGGCUGUUUUCAGUUUUAUUAUCCUGAGCUAGCUUUUCAGUUCAAAGAUGCAGGACUAAGCAUCUUCAAUAACACAUGGAGUAACGUCCAUGACUUUACACCUGUGUCAGGAGAAAACAAUUGGAGCCUCCUACCAGAGGAUACAGUGGUUCAGGACUCUGUUCCUCUACCUACUCUUGAAGAGCUCAAAGCUGUACGAAUUUCUACAGAUGCCAAUAGGAGCAUUGUUCCAAUAACCCGGGGUCAGAGGCAGAAGAUUAGUGAUGAAUCCUGUUUGGCUGUGUUAUUUGCUGGUGAUUACACUACUGCAAAUGCCAGGAAACUAAUUGAUGAGAUGCUUAGCAAAGAUUUUUUGCUGGUUCAGACAAAGGAAGUAUCAAUGAAACCUGAAGAUGCUCAGAGAGUUUUCCGAGAAAGAGCACCUGAUUUCAUUCCUUUACUGGAAAAAGGUCCUGUUAUUGCUUUGGAGUUUAAUGGAGAUGGUGCAGUAGAAGGAUGCCAGCUCAUCAUAAAUGAUGUAUUCAAUGGGACCAAGAUGUUUGUAUCAGAAAAUAAGGUAACAGCUUCUGGAGAUGUCGAUAGCUUCUACAACUUUGCUGAUCUACAGAUGGGGAUGUGACGUGAAGCCCAAAUUUUCAACUUGUUUAUGUAGGUUUUGAUAGUAUAAUUUUCACACUAGGAGUAUUUUUUAACUAAUGCUAAAACGUUUAAAGAUUAUUUUUCAAAGAAUUUGUUUAGUAUAACAUUUACUUGAUGCAAAACAGAUACUUCAUCUUAAAAUUCACAUUUAAUGUAUUUUAUGCACUUUUAAAUUCUUUUCCCACUCUUCUCCCCUAGAAUUUAAAGGUUCACAUUUCUGAGGCUGUAACUUAAAUGAACUGUCAAUGAAACAUAUACAUACAGUUUUAGAAAGUGAAUAAAAUGUAGCACUAGGUGCAUAGGAUUUAGGACUUGGAAGGGGCCUUAGAGAGCCUUUACUCAAUCCAUUUUACAGAUGAGAAAUCUAAGAGCCCCUGUCAGUUAAGUAAUUUGCUAAAGGUCAUAUUUGAUAGUAAGUGGGCAAAAAACUGGGAUUUGAAACCAUAUUUUCCCUCUUCAAAUCCGUUGCUUUUUCCAUUAUGCCACACUAAAUAAAACUUAACCAAAACUUAUCAAGAUUGCCAUUUAAACAUUAACAUCUAAAAAGAGCAUAUUGAAAUUUUGUAUGAUUUUACUUAUUUUUAUAUAGUGCUAUCAGAAAAAAAGGCUAUCUAAUGAUUCAUUAAGCUUCUUAACUAAAACUAUUUAAAUUCCUGAUAAUUUAGGCUAUCACGUUGGUUCUGAGGAAGGACUUUUGCACAGCCUGUUAUUUGUUUGGGUACCUCUUCUUUUUAGGAAGAUUUGUUUCUGUAAAGUGUAUCUGUUCAAAUCGAUCGAGGAAUUUCAGUUGUCAUUGAUAAGGAUUAUAAAAUGAAAUGAUGGCUUUGUAAUUACAAGAUGAAACACAAGUGGGUUGGAGCUGGAUCUAUUGCUAUAUAAACUAAAGUUGUCAAACAAACUGAUGGACAUUUGAUAAGUUGUUUUACCAUAUAAUUACACCAGUCUAUGCGUAGCACAACUUUCUAAAUAAAGAUUCACAUUAGUGGUCAACUUUGGAACUAAAAUUUUUACAGCUCCUUCGGGAGGAGCAAGGGUAUCAAUCAACAGGAAUAUAACUGUGACCUGAAAUCUGAGGACGCUGCCCAGAAAGAAGACCUCUCUUCUGAUAAUAGUCUAAUGUUAAUAUAUUGAUUACCAAAAAGCCAAAUAAAUUUGGUUUCCACAAAAUAUCCUACAUGUAAAAAACAAUAUUAAAGUAACUUUUCAAACUGUUUAAGUUGUAUAGUUAUUUGGGUGGGUGGGGAGCGUGGAUUGUAACCUAAAAUCCCUAAAACCAUUUCAGAGUUCAGAAAUGUCUUAAUAGAUUUAGGAAGAAUUGAAUUUGAUCUUUCCAUUGUGCAAAAGAUAACUCACAAGCAGGUGCUCCAUUUUCAUAAGUUUGCAAAAGGUCUAUGUUGAUAGGCUUAAACACAGAAAAUAACUUUUUUCUUUUUUUAAAAUAAAAAGUAACUAUUUUCUUCAAAAAUUCUUCUCAAGGUGAUUAUAAAAUGUGAAAAUUUAAAUCGUGACACAUAUUCUUUAUUAUUUUUAAUAAUGAUUUUAAAUAUCAUUCCUAACUACUUCCAGAAAUUAUAUGCACUUAGAGAUAAUGCAGUGUAAUGACCAUACACUUAAGCACUUAAAGAACCUCUACUAUAUACCUUAUAUUGUGCUGAUUUUUGCAUUUCAUUUCUUCAACUUUGAUGAGACCAGGAAAAUUCUUUAAGAUUCAGGAAACGGUUUCUUAAAGUAGAAAUAAAAAACAGUAGUUGUUUAUUAAUGUUUUGGCUAUAACUAAAGGAAUACGUAAUAAUCCACUUGGCAGUAAGAGGACUUUUAUUUGUUUAGGUUAGUUGAACGAAAAAAAAAGACAGAUUUGGAAAUAAAAAACUAUUUGAAGUUCUAAUCAUGAUUAAAUUAUAAUAAAUCCACUGUUAUGCAUAUGCCUUUUAAAACCAGAAUUCUUAGUUUUUUAAAAAUUAAAAUUCAAUGCUGUAUUAAGUCUGUCAUUUGGGUUUUAUCUUUUCUGAGAUAUUCAAAUACUAGUUGAGAAAUAUGCUGUAUAAUGAGGUGUUAAUUUUGAAUUUUUAUCAUAUGCCUUUAGCAUUUUUAUUAGGCAGAGUCUAAAACUGUAUAUACACCUCACUUAUUUAGUUUUAAGUUGAUACUAUUUAUGUUCUUUUGAACAUAAGGAUAUGCUUUUAUCAAAAAGUACUUUGAUUUCCUAUUAUUUGAAGGGAUUUAAAAAGUAAGUGAAGUUAUAUGCUAGCAUAGUUUCCAUUACUAUUACCUUUGAUAAUAUCUGACUAUACAGCAUUUCUCUACAGAAUGGCUUUCCAAUUCAUGGACACUUACUGUUAUGAAUGUUAAUUCAUUUUCCUAACAUGUUAUAUUUAAACUUCCUUCUAGCUUAUGUCUCUUGUAUAAUAUUACCUGCUUUAUACAACUUUUGUAUAUUUAAUGUCUAGCUUUUGUAUAUAUUUCAUCUAGCAUUUGUAAAGUGGAAUCAAUAAUAAACCUUGUUAAAAGUAAAAUGCUUUACUACUCACUGUAUAUAGAUCACUAACAUGUUUCAGAUAUACAUCAAAAUUGUGUAUCAUGAUGUGAAUCUGUUUUAGUAGUAAAAUAAAAUCAUAUGAGCCA